AUGAAAAUGUUUUGUAUUGAUGAACAACAACAGCCAACGAGGAUUAGUUUCCAAAAGGCGGCUUUGAUUUCCAGCCAUGGGAGGACUAAUCUCUCCUUCAACCUGCGACGUUCAAUCCCCACUCGCCUCUCAGUUUCUUGUGCGGCCAAGCAAGAGACAGUGGACAAAGUGUCUAUGAUAGUUAAGAAGCAGCUAUCACUGAAAGACGAUCAAAAAGUCGUUGCAGAGACCAAAUUUACCGAUCUUGGAGCAGAUUCUCUCGACACGGUUGAGAUAGUGAUGGGGUUAGAGGAAGAGUUUGGCAUCCAGAUGGCGGAAGAGAGAGCACAGAAGAUUGCAACAGUUGAGCAAGCUGCUGAACUCAUCGAAGAGCUCAUGAAAGAGACGAAGUAA